AUGCACGCCUGCGCGGCUCGAAGCCUCGCGCGGAUGGGGACGGCGAGGGAGAGCGACGGAGGGAGCGGCGCCGGUCGUCUCGGCGGGGCGGAGAAUCCGACGCGUCCGACGCGUCCGCCGCCGCCGUCGUCGUCGUCGCCGCUCGCGUCGUCGUCGUCCGAGGCGGAAGACGCGCGUCUGGCGCGCGAGAUCGCAGAGCUGCGCGCGAUGCGUCUCCUCGUCGUCGAGCGAGGGAUCUCGCUGACGCGGAAGCAGUGCGAUCGCGCGGCCGCGCUCGUGAAGAGCAUCGCCGCGGCGAGGCCCGGCGCGCUGACCGCGGGGGGCGACGACGACGACGACGACGACGACGGCGACGACGACGACGGCGGCGGCGGACGCGUCGGACGCGUCGGAUUCUCCGCCCCGCCGAGACGACCGGCGCCGCUCCCUCCGUCGCUCUCCCUCGCCGUCCCCAUCCGCGCGAGGCUUCGAGCCGCGCAGGCGUGCAUCGACUCGCUGCGGUACAACCACACCCCGGACACGUACUUCAGCAUCAACAAGAACCGGCCGUACGCGCGAGUCGUGGACACCGCGAAGACGAUCCUCCGCGACGCGCUGCCGAUCAAGUGCGUCGAGGCUGUCUUCCUCGCGCUGUUUCUCACCACCGGGUGGAAAGAGGUGGACCGCGCGCCGCUCGGAUUUAAAACCGAGUGCGGCGGUCGCGAGCACCGCCACAUCGUCCUCCUCGUGCGUCACCGAGAAACGGGCGCGUGCGGGGCGUUAGGGAUCUCGAGAAGGAAAGAGCUCGGGUACGUCGAGAUGGAGCACCCCUCGGUGUCGUCCGUCGUGGACGCGUAUCGCGUCGCGUACGAACGGUGGCGGCAUUCAAUAUCGAAGGUGCGCGUGGGUCUUCCCGCGGAGCACGUUCUCUCGAGCAACGAAAACGUGUGCUGGCGGCACUGCUGCGUGAGCGUAGACGCCGAGGACAAAAGCGCGGCGGCGUGGGACAGAGCGCGGGAGAUGUUCGACGACCACGCGUCGCGGUGGACGCGUCUGAAGGAAAAGUGGAGGAUGGACGGCUUGCGGUUCGGCGCCGGCGACGGCGGACGCGCGCCCGGCGACGGCGGCAAGGGACCUGGUAGAGAGAAUAGUAACCUUAAGGCGACGGCGACGGACCGCGGCGCCGGCGGCACGACGAAAGGCGCGACGACGCCGAGGACGCCGCCGCGGUCGCCGAAGCGAGCGACGACGUCCGCGCCAGCGAGUCCAAACGCCGCGGGAGGCGCCAAGCCGCCGCCGCCGCGGUCGCCGACGACGGCGCCGGCGAGGAGUCCCGGCGGCGCGGCAGCGUCCCCCGGACCGCCGGAACCCGCGCCGCGCGCGAUCGUCGCGAGCGACGCCGCGGCGUGA